CGCAGAAUCGACACUCGCCGCCAGUCUCGUUUCAGACGUUCAAGUAGUUCAUUUUCAGCAUCCCCCGUUUCAAGUCGCAGUAUCCGCAAACAAAUUGCUAUAAAUGGCGCAAUCUCAAGUAAGACAAAAUUUUCAUAGAGAUUGCGAAGAUGCGAUUAAUAAGCAAAUUAACAUCGAAUUGUACGCGAGUUAUGUCUAUAUGGCGAUGGCUUAUCAUUUCGAUAGAGAUGAUGUGGCCUUGAAAGGAUUGCAUCAAUAUUUCAAGAAGUGUUCAGACGAAGAAAGAGAACAUGCUGAGAAAUUUAUGGUUUAUAUGAAUCAAAGAGGUGGGAGAAUUGUUUUAUUGCCUAUUUCCCAGCCGGAAAAACAAGAGUUUAGCAACGCGUUAGAAGCGAUGGGGGCCGCUUUGGAAUUAGAAAAACGCGUUAAUGAUGAUCUUUUACAACUACAUAGUACAGCUUCCGGUCAUAUGGAUGUAAAUUUAUGUGAUUUCUUAGAAACUCAUUAUUUACAAGAACAAGUUGAUGCGAUUAAAGAAAUUGGGGAUCAUCUCACUAAUUUGAGGAGAGUUGGAGAAGGUUUGGGGGUGUUUAUGUUUGAUCAGAAAUUAAAGGAAAGCCAGGAUUAAAAGAAAUGAAAAAUAUAUAUGUAUAGCCUAAGCUUAAUGUUAAUAAUUGUUAACAAAAACUUAGAAUAGGUAAGAAAUAUUGUAUUGAUAGCAUUUUUAAAUUAAGAUGAAAAAUGGGGUGAUUUAAAAAAAUGACUGAUAUGGAAUGAAACAUUAUUGCACAAAAAGUCAAUAAUUUAAAUUUUAUGAAUGUAUUUUUCACAGUAGGCUUUAUAAAAUUAAUAAUAAAAACUACAACAGUAAAAA